UUUAAUAGGUUUCUGCCCCAGUUAUAUUAUCGUCUCCCGUCACCACCCUUCUCCUUGCUUUGCAGACACACAAGCAGCCGGUCCAUCUUCACUUGCAAAGCGAGGAGAUUUUAAAAUCAUCAACAAAACCCGAAAAAUGUCAAGUGAAGAGACUCCUGCUCCUGCUGCUGGUCCUGCUGAGACUCCCGCUCAGCCUCUUGAGGCCAUGGACUUGAUGACAGCAUUGCAGCUUGUUCUGAAAAAGUCCCUUGCUCAUGGUGGACUUGCCCGGGGCCUCCAUGAAGGUGCCAAAGUGAUUGAGAAGCAUGCCGCCCAGCUCUGUGUAUUGGCAGAGGACUGCAACCAGCCAGACUAUAUCAAACUCGUCAAAGCACUCUGUGCUGACCAUGGUGUAGGCUUAUUGACAGUUCCCAGUGCUAAGACUCUUGGCGAGUGGGCUGGGUUAUGCAAGAUUGACUCUGAGGGCAAGGCCAGGAAGGUUGUUGGCUGUUCCUGCGUUGUUGUGAAGGAUUAUGGCGAGACAAGUGAAGGCUAUAACGUUGUUCAGGAGCAUGUCAAGUCUCACUGAGUUACAAUGGAUCUAAUGAGUUGAAUUUCAUAUGUAGAGACCUUUACUCCAUGUUUUCAUGGACCCACAAUUCUAUGGGAUUUUUUAGUGUUUUCUAGUCUCCAUUUUUCCGCCCUGGGAAUUUUGAGUCUUCGCUUCCUGUGACUUUUAAUCAAGUUGGUUCAUGUUGUGGUGAAAAUCUUUCUCGAUACAUGAAAUGCAGAAUUAAGGCCUUGAUUAAUAUAUAGAUGAUGCGCAGAAUUAGCUC